UGUGCCCCCAGCUCCCUGGCCCUCCUCCGGGAGCUCUCGCUGUCCCCACCGGCAGCACUGUGGCUGCAGCAGCGCCAGGCCCAGCUCCAGCACUCGCUGCCCCUGCAGAGCUUCCUGCUGAAGCCAGUCCAGAGGAUCCUCAAGUACCAUCUGCUGCUGCAGGAGCUGGGCAAGCACUGGGCCGAGGGCCCGGGCGGCGGCGGCCGUGAGACAGUGGAGGAGGCCAUCGUGUCCAUGACGGCGGUCGCCUGGUACAUCAACGACAUGAAGCGCAAGCAGGAGCACGCGGCGCGCCUCCAGGAAGUGCAGCGGCGGCUGGGCGGCUGGACUGGCCCGGAGCUCAGUGCUUUUGGGGAGCUGGUGCUGGAAGGUGCAUUCCGAGGUGGCGGCGGAGGCGGCCCCCGACUCCGAGGGGGUGAGCGGCUGCUCUUCCUGUUCUCACGGAUGCUGCUGGUGGCCAAGCGCCGGGGCCCCGAGUACACCUACAAGGGCCACAUCUUUUGCUGUAACCUGAGUGUGAGUGAGAAUCCUCGGGACCCCCUAGGGUUCAAGGUGUCUGAUCUGACCAUUCCGAAGCACAGGCACCUGCUGCAGGCCAAGAACCAAGAAGAGAAGAGGCUGUGGAUUCACUGUCUCCAGCGCCUCUUCUCUGAGAACCACCCUGCCUACUUCCCUGCCAAGGUACAGCUCCUGCCAUAGCUGGGGGCCCUGGGAAUGCUGGAGGCAACCCCGCACCCCCUCAUAGUGCUAGAGAGACCCUAAGU